AUGUCGGCCGGCGGAGCGUCAGUCCCGCCGCCCCCGAACCCCGCCGCGUCCUUCCCUUCGCCCCGGGUCACUCUGCCCGUCGGCUUUGACAUCCUGCGAACCUACUCCGGCGCCUUCGUCUGCCUGGAGAUUGUGUUUGGGGGACUUGUGUGGAUUUUGGUCGCCUCCUCCAAUGUUCCUCUACCUCUGCUACAAGGAUGGGUCAUGUUUGUGUCCGUGGCAGCAUUUUUCUUUUCCCUCCUUUUCCUGGGCGUGUUCGUGUCUGGCAUGGUGACUCGGAUUAAUGCCAACUGGAACUUCCUGGAUUUUGCUUACCACUUUACUGUGUUUGUCUUCUACUUUGGAGCCUUUUUAUUGGAAGCAGCAGCCACAUCCCUGCACUAUCUGCGUUGUAACACAACCACAACUACAGAGCCACUUCUGACUGAUAACGAGUAUAACAUAAACGUGGCAGCCACAAUUUUUGCCUUUGUGACCACAGCUUGUUAUGGUUGCAGCUUGGGUCUGGCUUUACGAAGAUGGCGACCGUAACACUCCUUCGAGACUAACCGCCUGUGUGUUAACUUUCAUUUAUGUACUUCAUAUGUCUCAUCCAUUUGGAUACUGUUUUGUCCAGAUGUAACAGCAUUACACAAGUUUGUUUUUUUGUUUUUAAUAUAUAAAGAGAAUCUAAGUGCAUGUUUUGGUUCAUUUCAAGGAUAGAAUCUUAAUUUUAUUAUGUUAAACAGAGAAAUGGCCUUUCAUCUCACUUUUUAAUUCUGCAUCUGUGGUGUUUUUUGUUUUAAGAAAAUUACUCUUUAUAUCCAUACAAUAAGCAGAUAUUCUUCAUUCUGUUUGGUUGUUGAGACACCUAUACCUUAAAAGUAAUAGGUAACCAAAACUCCCUUAAACCACAUUUCAAAUGGGCUCCCACUGAAUCUUUUUGUGUAAGACAGAGAUCGUCACACAUUUUCUAUAAAGGGCCAGAUGGUAAGUAUUUCAAGCUUUGAAGACCGUACAGUCUCUGUCACAACUACUCAGCUCUACCAUUGUAGCUUGAGAGCAGCCAUAGACAUCACAUAAACAAAUGAGCAUGGCUGUGAUCCAAUAAAACUUUAUUUAUAAAAUUAGGCAGCAGGCUGGAUCUGGCCUAUGGGCCAUAGUUUGCUGACCUACGAUGUAAAACCCUAGUUAUGUGUUCUAUAUUUUAUUGAACUGAUCAUGAAAGUUAUAUAACCAAUUCAACAGGCCACCUAAUAGUUGGUUUCAUUAUGCAAUAAUCACAUUACCUUUUUGUUGAGUGGUUAAAUA